AUGGAACUUAAUAAUAUAAAUGUAGAAAAUCUUGGAUUUGAUCAUCCAAUAUAUUCAGGAAUCCUCAAUAUCAAAUCAGAACCUUUUAUAAACAUUUCUGAAUCAUUUUACAAAUUUAUCCAAAAUGAAGAAUCAAAGAUUAAUGAAGAUGAGGAUUUGC